AGGAAACAUGACUUGUGUGUUCUUGUACGAGCACGCGGGUUGUGCCAAAGACCUAAAGUGUGAGCUCUGUUCUCCGUCACGAGAAAAGAUCGAGUGCUGCUCUCCACAGGAUAUUCAAUCAUCUAUCCGUCCAUCCAUCCAUCAGAUUCCCUUCCUCGCCGCCGCAAUUCUGCUCCGUUCCCUUGUCGUUUCUCCUGCAACCGACGCGUGUCGCUUCGUAGUGAAAACCCCCCGUUUCCCGGCUAGCCGAUUGGCGGCGGUCGCUGAAUCCUCUGCCGCUCGACUCCGAUAGGCAGUCACCGGAGCAUCCAAAUCUUGAAUGAACAGUUAAUUAGCUCGGCGACUCGGAAAUUGUUGGAAAGAAAACAGAAAGUGAGUGAAGAAUCGUGAAGCGGAAGCCAUAAUCGACGAGAUGGACGAGGGUUUAUGGUUGCGGAAGGAUGCUGAUAGAGAUCUAUCAUUUAAUAGCUCUUCGUCAAGGGUAGAACCUAAUAAGAGAACUCAUCAGUGGUUUAUUGAUGGUGCUGAACUUGACUUGUACCCCUACAAAAAGCAAGCUAUGGAAUCUUCAAAUGCUAUCAUGCCAGGCUCCGAAAUUCCCUCUGGAGGUCCUUCUGCAUGGGAUCAUCAUUCCACCAAUUUUCAAUCUGACCAAUUUGUCCACCAGUUAUUUCAAUCCGAGGCAGCAGGGUCGGACAGCUUCUCCGAGAGGAUUGUAUCUUCGGGAGAUCCUGAAGCAUGCAUUAGCUCUGGUGGUUUAAGAACAGUCAAAGUCGAUCAGGUGAAGGACGAAAACAAUGUAUAUCAGGAUCAAAAGCAACUUGGUUCCCCUGCUGAAAAUGUCACCAGCAUCUCUGAGAACCAGGAAGUUGAUAAUGCAGGGAGUGAAAGUCAUUUCAUAUUGAUGGAGCAGGGUUCCCACAAGGAGGAAGUGAAUGUUCUGUUGAUUGGUGAGACCUACAAUGGAGGGGAAGAAGUCCGUGCUGAAACGAUCAACACUGCCACCAAUUAUGUUGAAGGGGUCAAUAAUGUCGGCACAACUAAUAUUUGCAGUGAUAAGGGAGACGGGAACGUGAUACUGUUUAAUGGACUUCAUGACGUGCAUGAUACUGUUGGCCAACCCCCCAGCAGCUAUGAACAACCCUAUAAUGUGUCUUUGGCUCACACACCAGAACUAGUCCACAAAAGCGAGUUUGAUGCCUCGAAUUCUAGUGCUGCAGCUAAAUCCAAGCCACAAUCCUCUAGGAAUAAACUAGAGUUGAAAACAUCCAGAAAAGAAGCUCCACCGAACAGUUUCCCUUCUAAUGUCAGAAGCUUGUUAUCCACUGGGAUGCUUGAUGGGGUCCCUGUGAUGUAUGUUGCAUCAUCACGAGAGGUUAUCCGUGCUGUGGUGAAGGGUACUGGUUAUCUCUGUGGUUGUCAGUCUUGUAACUACUCCAAGGUGCUGAAUGCAUAUGAGUUUGAACGCCAUGCUGGUUGUAAAACCAAACAUCCGAACAAUCAUAUCUACUUUGACAAUGGGAAGACUAUCUAUCAGAUAGUGCAGGAGUUGAGGAGCACACCCGAAAGCAAAUUGUUUGAUGUUAUCCAGACGGUGUUUGGUGCGCCAAUCAAUCAGAAGUCAUUUAAAAUCUGGAAAGAGUCAUUUCAAGCAGCAACACGGGAGCUGCAGCGUAUCUAUGGCAAGGAAGAGUUGAAUCUAUGAAACUGAUGUUCUGCAUUGAAGUUGAGGCUCCUGCUUGAGAAAUGGAAGUGCAUGGCCAGGCGCAUGCUGGUAUAGUAGCAGGAGCAGUAGCUGAAGAAGCAUGAAGAUCCUGCUAAGUUGUGGAUUGCAUGACCAGCGUAAUGCCGGUUGUGCGUUCUUUAGUUGAUUCUAUGUAAACUAACUAACAAGGAAUGCUAAAAGCACUCGUGUUUUGUUGUUGAUUGAGAUUCAUUUUCUGUCAUAUUAAGGACGAAGCAAAAAUGGCCUGGCUUUUCUUCUAAGUCAUGCAAUUGGAAGGACAUCGUCUGAGAAAGAUUCCUUUACAUUCCAUAGCUGAAUAGAGACGGUCAACACUCUCAAAUGAAGAGUAGAGAAGAGAGGACAACAAAGUAUAAUAUAAUAUAUGUACUAAUUUCUUACCAUUUGAAAUAGUUGUCCAGCUUGAGUUUAGUGGGAUGGUCGAAG